CGAAACCCUCCGUUUUCCUUGAAAUACAAAAUUGGCCAUGAAUACAUUGCGACAAUGAUUAUCCAAACUUUACAAUGAACUCGCAACUGUAUGCUCACCUCGAAGCCUACAACGAUAACGAUGUUAAUCAAGACUGUAACGGUGGUGGCGAUGAAGCCUCGCCCUCUGGGAGCAAUGGCGACAAAAAGGGCGACCGCAAUGAUUCCAACAUUGCUUCCGUCAUUCCAGCUUGCAAAAAUGAUCCCAAAGACGCGGAUCACAAAAGUUUUGGCCWAGAUAUUGGCGGAAUGUGGCGGUUGGCGUUGAUCCCAGUAGGCUUGGCCGUAUUGGUAGCAAGCGAUGAGGCCAGGAUCGUGAUGCUGACGUUGACAUGUCUCAUCAUCUGGCAGCACCAGAAAGACACGGACGUUACGGGAACACAAUCGCUAUGGUUCAGACAAGGACACAGAAACCAUCCACGAGAACAACUUGCAUACGAAACUUCAAAGGGCAACACAGAACACGAAUUGUCGAUGCGGAAUUUAUAUGAGUGCCGCAAGGAAGCCUCUCGUUUGCUAGGAUUGAUUGGAGCUCCGCCCAUGGGCGGGUUCGAACCAACAGAAAAGAAUGGCGAGCGGCAAUUCUAUCCACAAAACCAAAUCAUAGGGAUCGGCGACAAUGACAGURACCUUUCUUUCUGUCAGAAUUCAUCGAAAGAGGAUGGAAACAAACCAUUAUUACGGAUGUUUGAGAUUGAUACUGUUGAUUCGAGGGCUACAAAUAGUGUCGUUCGCUUUCUCGAGGCACAUUCCCAGCUGGUAUUGACGAUAGACAAGGCUCUCUAUUGGCUCAAGAUUAGCUCGGGGUUGCACUGGGGCCUCGGGGCCCAUUCUCAAUCUGUAGAACGCGUAGAACGAGCGGCAAUGUCCAGGGCAUUUAGGGUUGCUACCCGCGAGGCCGUGAAGGAGAAAGACAAUCCCUCGAAACACAGUGACAAUGCACUAGCCAACGKCAGCACGUCUUCUAAAUCUAUGAUAUCGGCAGCAACAGCUAUCGCAACAAAAACAACAAAUGUAGCAGUACCAACAACUUCACCAUCGGUUUCUGGAAAGCAUGAACGAAAAGGCCAGCCCCAGCGAAAAGUGGACACGUCUUCCAUCUUGGCGCUCGCAUCGACCCGGCGCAAUAUCGCCCAGGUUAUUGUUCACGAGGCUCAAUCCAUCGUCGAUGUUUUCGUAGCUGUUGAGGAUGACCUCGCUCGACGACGGCAGAAACGACGACGGGAAGACAAAACUAGGAGCGAUGGCGAGAUCGUCGACGAUUGCGGUGUGGAAACGAACAGUGUAAACCAUGAGGAGGACCACGACAGUGUGGUCAAAUAUGGCACUCUCACCAUGCCAGAGGUCAUUGAUUUAGUAUGGAUCAAGAAAUCCCGCAAGCAUAUUGCAAUUUUAUUGACCGAUUGUGCGGAGAAGUUUUGUGGAUGGAGCGCUUUGGGGGCCUUGUCCUCGGUAGCUAGCGAUGAAACGCAAACAAUAUCAACGUUGCAGUCUCGGUCAUACGAUCUUUUGAACGAAUCCACGAGGACAGCCAUGAAUUUGCGAGAAUACCUUGCGAGCAAUCUUUUGCUUGACGAGAGCUCGACCUCUUCUUCUUCCACCUUGAGCAGCACUUCAGUAUUCCCCAUUAGCAGCCGCACAACAGAAAAUAAUUAUUGUGAGUUCGUCUUGCCUCUGUUAAGAUACCGCCAACAGCUGGACGCUCUGGAUGCCGCACUAUGGUCCUUCCAAAUGCAUACGCAUAACCAUCAGUGCGCCAUUAAUACACUGGACGCUCCCUCCGAAGCCGCUAGUUCGGUGAAUGAAAGUGACCCGACUUUAACGCGACAAAACCCUUCCCAUUUCGACGAAGACGAUCCAAACAUAGAUUCGAUGAUCAUCACAUCCAGGCUAGCUUGGUGGAAACAGGUCAAGCAGCUGAGUGCAACUUGUCAGACUCUCGAAUAUCAGAUAGAAAGUAGGUUGUUUCCUCUCACUGAACACGAUGAGAACCAAAACGCMAGCGAGGGGGACAGCGGCUCAAACUCAAACAAUCUCUCAAAAAUCAACAUCAAUAACGCAAACGAAGCGCAAAGCUAUGAACAUGGUAACGACAAAGAGUUACCAGAUCCCGACCAACGAAAGGCCAAAUCAACGAAAACACUAGUAUUUUCUGGGGAGGGCGCUAAGAAAAAGCAAUCUGCGAAGAAAGCAAGAAAAAAUUCAAGGGUUGACGGCGAGACGAGCAAUCCUCUCGGAAAAAGUUCGUCCAGUACCAUGUAUAUGCCUGCUGCCCGAGAUCCAUUCUCAGAACAACUGUUGGUACGAGAGCUGCAAAAUCGCAUUGAAGCUGUCGCCGCUCUUCGAGAGGAAUACCCACAGGAAGACUCUUCGUCUGUGGGUAGCACUCGAGAACCAUUGGAGGAAUAUGAGGGCAARGAAUCACCAAAAAAUACGCCAAGUACAAACCCAAAGAUGAACAACGUGACCAAGAGAAAAACAGAGGUGGCAACAAGUAUUUUUCUGGGUGCUUCCGGUUCCUUGCUCGAUGAAUUGAAAAUGACUAUAGGCCCAACUUUACAAGCGGAUGAAAAUUCCGAAGACAACAUGGUGGGUGUUUAUGCUGGUAUUGACACUUUCACCGGUGCUGAAAAAUCAUGCGAUCURGCUCCCGAAGAAUAGGAAACAGAUAGAAAAGUAGUGGGAAUUGACGUUGCAGCAUAAUUAUGUAUGUGGUAAUCAUCUGAUAUACGCUUGAUUAAGCCUUCUAGUUCUCCUCGCCAAAUUUUUCCUAGAAAUACUUCACCUUUGGUAAUCUGUURACUUGCAUAAGGACUAUGUUGUAUCUGCUCUGUUUGUUCUACAGUGCUCUGGUCUGUUUUGGUCUUCUUCAUGCACCUAAUACCCACAAUGGACAACUUGCUACUAGUGCCAGAUACCAUAGUUUUAUUCAAAAGAAACCUAAUUUGACAAUUGGCAGUAAUUGCUUUUGAAAUAGAGUGCAGAACUUCUUUUUGAAGGGUAUGUCUCUUCUUCACAUCAAACAAUGCAUUCUCAUCAAAUACAAGGUCACCUCCAUCUAGACCUCAAUUUUGGAUAAUGUCUUGAGUAAGAGGAUAAGGAAGUCUUUCUUUGCCUUUAAAUAUUGGUAAUGUUAUCUUGGUUAGAUCUAGUUGUAAGGAAAAAUCUCCCAUAUCUUSAGGAGGAUGUCCCAAGUCUCUGUAGCAAGAUUAAUCCCUACCCAGAUGCACAUGAGAUUUGACAUAGCACUAGUAAUUCCAUGAUAUCCCAAUAUAAACUUAACAUGAAA